CGAUAGAACAAAGAACAACAUCUGAAAAUAAUAAUUAUUAUACACUUUUUAUUAUCCAAUUAGAUAACCUUGUGAGUCAUGAUUAUGAUUCAAUAAAAAAAGUUAUCAAUAAACUUUGUAAAAUUUCUUAAAAUAUUGACAGAAGAUAAAAAACAUAGGCAAUCAUCUUAUCUAGGUUACACAAGUAAUUACACAUUCAACAAUACAUUAACAAUUUCUAAUGAUAUUUUCCACUCUACAGCAUCUAGAAAAGUUAAAGAAUAAAAUCAUAAUAAUAUGAAGUAUGAGUUGUUGAAACCAACUAACCCAAAAAAUCAAUAACCAUCAAAAGAAUGACUGUGCUAUAAUUACCUACUUAUGACCAUAAAAAUUAAGCUAAUGUGAUGUUAUGAAACAUAAUGUUUAUGAUAAGAUAGUAUCGUUCUACAUUCAUUAAUAACAACGAUAAUAUUGUACUUUAUCUACAAAGACAGUCAUGCAACAUCGAUUCCUUCUAAAUACUAACAAAUUCUAAGAAUGUUUGAUGAAAUGAUGCCAUGAAAGGUUGAGACAGCAUCUAACGUAAACAAAAAGCGUAAACACCGAAUCCAAUGACUCACAAUGACGAAGUUUUCAUUAUCAUAUCACAACACGCAUACAUUACUAACGUUAGUUACGAUCUAGCACUCGACAGACAUUCUCGUGUUUAAUUCACGUUUAUUUUCUUUAUUAGCGUGUUUUUACGUCGAUUCAUCAAGGUCGAUUUAUUGAGUGAGCGCAGUUGACACACUUAAAGGUGUCGCAUACGUAAAAUCGCACAUUAUCCUUUAGCGAGAACAAAGGCUUUUAUUUGCAAAUUUACACUCCGGAGACCGACACACCAGCCUGUUGAUCGGGACACGUGUCCUAGACGGUACAUACGUGAAAACGGGACGAUGCGAGCGUUCGACGCGCGCGUGUGAUAAAAAUCGAAUGCAAAAAUGAUUAAAAGGAACGGUGAUAAUGUGUUUGCGAUCGCGUCGAGUAACAAUCAGUGUCAAGGCGCGCGGAGUGCCGUCUCGCUCUACCCGGGCCCGGGCGGCGCGGCCACGAGGAUACCGCGCGCCACUGCGGGCAGGAUGACGCCGCCCGACGCGCCACACCACUCCAAGGAGGCGAACAUCGCGCUCUCCACAUACGUCGAAAAGUGGAAAAACAGAUAUGAAGAGUCCGAAAGAAAGCACAAAGCGUACCUCCUCAAAUCCGAAAAAGCGAGACGGGAGUACGAUGACCUCCAACGCCGCCACAACAUCCUCACUGAAGAGAGGAACCAUCUGGACGCCGAGCUGAGAGAGAGGGAGAGAGAGCUCAACAAGCUUAAGAAUGUCUCCGAAAAGCUGUUCAGAGAGUACCAGCAGCUGAAGAACCAGCAUGAAGUCGACGCUGGAGUUAUGCAUAAGGUUAUGCAGCAGGCAGGCGAGUGGUACAAGCAAAACAAGCAGCUGAAGCGCCGCAGCACCGCGCUGCUUCAAGCGCUGCCGGCGCGCGCCGUUGACAUCGACCUCACCGACUCUACUGACACAGCGUCAGAUACCAGCAGCAACGAAGAGGUGGAGUUCCUGAAGCAGACGGUAUGCGAGCUCAGCCGGCAGACGGCCGAGCUGCAGACCGAGCUCAGCGCGGCCAAGCUGCACGAGUUCGAAGCUCACGAGCUCAAUGUGGCGCUCGCCCAGGAAGUAGAAACAGAGCGAGAGAAAUGCACAUCCCAACAGAAAGAGCUAGAAGAAUUACGCAAUCAGCUCGAGCGACACAACCGCGUGUCCAAGCUGCUCGUCGACGAAGUGUCCGCGCUCAAGAACAACGCCGACAAGGACAGGGAGAUGGCUGAGACAUACAAAUCCGAAGCGCGCGACGCCAAGAAGCGUGUCAAACUGCUCACUCAUCAGAGCACGCUGCUCAUGGGGGAGUUAGAAGCUGAUGAGCGACUCAUGCUGCUGCUGACUGAAGUGGACAGCCUCAAGGACGCGCUCGAGAACCAGGCGCUCAGGCAUCAUGAGCAAGUCGAGGAGUUGCAGCUUAAACUGGCAGAGAAGCACGAAGACACUGACAUCCUGCUCUGGGAAGAAAAGAUCCGCUUAGCGGAGGAUGACGCGCGCCGAGCGGUCGAGAGAGCGGAGCGCGCCGAGCGGAGGCUAGCGGAGAUAGAGCGGAGACUAGCGGAGGUCGAGAAGAAGCCGCUGAAGAAGUCCAAUCUCUUGUCCAGGAUCAGUUAUUUUGAGAAUGGCGGCGAAGCGAAAGAGGAAGUGGAAGUUACUCGUAAGUAUUUAUAUUGUUAAUUCAUUAAAGAACUAUUAGACAAAUUAAUCCCACCAAAAACAUUCUCACCACCCCCAGAACGGUCUCCCUCCCCACCGCCCGUUCCUUCCAUCCCUCCUCCUCCACCGCCUCCCCCCCUAAUACCUCCACCCCCUCCGCCCCCCUCGUUGCCCCCUCCACCGCCGCCGCCACCGCCGCCGCCGGUCGCGGUCAUGGGAGAACAUGAGGAUAUGGCCACGUUGUUGGCUAGUAAGCAAGGCACGUUGAAGAAGACUAAGCAGAAUGGAGGUGGAGCCAUAGACGCGAUAGUAGACCAGAUCAAAGGCGGCAAGUUCCAACUUAAAUCCCGGGAACAGAACCCCGAACCCCGCCCCAAGGACGAGCAACCAGAAGCGGUGAAAGAAAUGCUCGCCAUACUAGGCACGCUGCGCAAGAGACGCAGCUUCAAGAGGGACUUUAGCGACGUGUGACACAAAACCAUCUCAUAAAUAGGAUUCCUGCAUAAUGCCAAUUAGACAAUAUAAUAAGUAUUUUUAAUUUUAACACUGAUUAUGUCUUCCUUUGACAAUAUUUUAUAAAUACAUAUUAUUUAAAUUUCGACCACGAUAUUUCGAUGAUGACUACUGACAACUAGUGUUGCCUAACUAUCGAGCAUAAUAUCGAGAGUAAAUAUCCCCAUUUAUGUUACGAAAUUACUCUUUUAACUUUAUCACACAUUACAAUAAUUAUAUUCACAUAUUUUCUAUUCUAUAUCGUAUUCAAACUUCUCGUACAAAAGAUAUAAUUGUAACAAAACAUAUCCAUACGCAUUUCUCUUUAUAUGUUUUAUAAAAAUAUAUAACAAAACAAUGUUUUAUAACUCUCUUUAUAAGUACAAUAGAAAUAUAUUUAUAGAAAAAAUAUUAAGACUAGAUUGAUAUUAAAUGAAUGGUUGGUUUGUUUGUAAGUUUGUUAAGGCGGGACAUGGAAAAAGAAAUGUUUACUUAGGUAAAAAUAACGUAUGUUAUAUUAAAAUUGAUUGAAACCGUAAAUGAUUAUUAUACAAAAUAAUAUUAAAACAAGAGGAAAAUUAAUAAACAUCGUAUUUUAUGCUCUUUUAACAGGGCUAGAAUGUACAGUGUUGCCAUAAUAAAAAGUUAUUUGAAAUCUUUUAAAAAUAUAAAUGUGCGCGUAUGUUAUAAUAUUAUUUUCGGGCGAACUGUAACUUAUAUGAUGUCGGUAUAUGGAAAGACUGAAUUGAUGGUCGUGUAAACUAUUUUUGAUAUUCUUAAAAGCUAUUGUCAAAUUUAUUAGUACAAUAUUAUAAAAUAAUGUCUGCACAUCAGAUUAUGCAUUUUUGAUGCAAAAUGAGAGCUAUUACAACUGAACAAGACUUAUUACCAGGAAUUGAUUACUGCCAUUUGUAAUUCCAAAUUGCCAUGUUUAAUAUUAGUACAAGAGUAAUAUUUAUUUGAAUAUAAAUAAAUAAGAGGAAAUUUUUGUAUUGUGUUGCUAAGAUUUUAUAAAAAUAGAUAUUAAAAAAAUUGGAUGUGGAAUUCUUAAAUUUAUCAACAGCUUUUAAAAGGUACUGGCAAAAUAUUGUAUACUACGUGUAGAUUAAAAAAUAACAGAUUUUUUGAAAACGAUUUAUUAAAUACUUUAUAAAUGACUGGAUACAAAAUAUUAUAAAAGAUUUUUGACGUGAUCUGAAAUACUCUAAGAAUAAUAUUCAUUGAAUAUGUUAGUGUUAAAUGAGACCUAUUGUUAUUUUUAUGUAUACGAUAGAUUUUUUAUUAUAAAACCAUAGAUUAAAAGAGUGCAAAUUCAGAGACAAGAUAGUUUCAAUUGAUCAUUGAUAUUUUCAGAUAUGCAUGUCUUUUUCUCACUUAGGUGAUAAGAAAAAGACAGCAUAGAUUGUCGGUUUUAUAAAAAUAUCUCUGAAUUUGCACCAUAAAGUUACGAUGUUGAUAUUAAUGCAUGAGAAUUGAUAUUUAAAAGUUACCGACGGUGCCAAUGCUUUUGAUCGAACCGCGUCAAAAUUGGCAAGCAUUUCUCUGUAAAGUAUUAUUUAGGUUUUAAGCUAUUAGUUUUUAUUAUGAAUAAAUAUUUUGUAUUUUGA